AGUUGCCUUUGUAUGGCUUUGGAUGAUUCAUAUUAAUUGAAUAAUGAAAUGUUAAAAUUUAGCCGAAAAAGCAAAAUCAAAAUUCUGCAUCUGUUCUUCAACAAGUUGUACUACUCGCAAUGCUAUGAGACGAAGACCGUCCAGCUGCCCAUAGGCAAUGUGAAGGGAAAAUAUGAGACUGGACUGGUGGGAUAAAGCUUUUAUAGUUUCGAGGGCAUUCCCUAUGGCAAGCCACCGAUUGGAGAGCUUCGAUUUCGUCCACCGCAACCGGUGGAUCCAUGGAAAGAAUUGGAUUGCCUUCAGGAAGCCGAUUUGCCCGUACAAAAGGGAAGCCAAACUGGGGAGGUAUUCGGAAGUGAAGAUUGCCUUAAAUUAAAUGUAUACACCAAGCAUUUUGAUACUCAGAAACCGUUGCCUGUCAUUGUCUACUUUAAUGGAGGAGGAUAUCGUGAAAAUGGUGCUAGCCGAAGAAGGUAUGGACCGGACUAUCUGAUGCACGAAGAUAUUGUCUUUGUACUCUUCAGCCACCGUCUGUGUACUCUGGGUUUUCUCAGUUUCAGCAGUCCAGAGUUAGGUAUACCUGGCAAUGCUGGAAUGCAUGAUCAGGUGCUUUUGUUGCGUUGGGUGAACAAAUACAUCUCAUAUUUCAAUGGGGACGUAAAUAACAUUACUAUAUUGGGCACAAGUUCUGGGUCUACAUCGGUACAUUUUAUGAUGUGCUUGCCACAGACUUGUGGUUUAUUUCAUCGGUGCAUCAUGAUGUCUGGUUGUAUGCUUAAUCCAUGGGUUAAUUUACCCAACACCGAAACUUUUGCUUAUCGUCUUGCGAAGUUCAAGGGCUACAAUGGAUCUGCAGCAGAUGCAGACGUAUUAAAGUUUCUUUGCUCACUUCCCGCUGAGGAGUUAGUAGACCAUCAUCUAUUUGGAUAUACUGAUUAUUGCUUUGGACAUUUAUAUCCCUUUGUGCCCGCAUUGGAGACUCAACCGAGUAACACUGAUGGUCUUCUUAAUCGUCCUUUUGAUUUGAUGAUGAAAGAAGCUUGGUCAUCGAAUGUCCCUCUGCUAAUAGGAGGCUCUUCGUGCGAGGGAUUGUACAUGUAUCCCUACUGCAAGUUAAACAAUGGACUCUUGAUGGAUCAUCUCAUAAAGCAGCCGGCUUUGAUACUGCCAUAUGAUCUGUAUGUGUGCUCAUCCGAUGUUGAACGAAACAAUAUGGCUGAAAUGUUAAUAAAAUUCCACUACGGACCCAGAAAGAUUUCUAAAUCCGAUGUGAUGCAGACUCUGGAUCAUUUUAGUUACAAACUCUUUUGGCAUGGAUUUCAUAGAGUGGUUCUCUCCCGUCUGGCCUUUGCCAAGGCUCCCACAUAUCUUUACCGUUUUGAUUUUAACUCCCCCAAGUCUAAUUUGCUGCGAGUUGCCUUAUGCGGUGAGGAUAUUCUGAGUGGAGUUUGCCAUGCUGAUGAGUUGGGCUUCAUAUUCCCAAGAAGACGUGAGCAUCUGUGUGAGGCUGGGAAAUUGACUAUCCAAAGAUUAAUUGGAAUUAUUACGACUUUUGCUCGCACUGGAAAUCCUAACUGUGUGGAAACAGAGUCAGAGAUGUGGGCACCCGUAGACCGAAAAGAUCCUUUUAAAGUUAUGAACAUCGGAGAUAAACUUGAGAUACAAACACAACCAGAAAAAGAGGGUAUUAAAGCGUGGAAUAAACUUUACAAUAAUGACGCUUUCUUACUAUAUAACGGAUAG